CUUGCUUCCUCUGGAUGGGAGGAAAGCACAAUAUGUCAAGUGGUGGAAAGUGCUCGUCUUCUGGGCCUUCAACUAAGACUCAAUGGAAGGCGCUCAACCGCGAGGACGACGGUUAUGAGACCCAAGUCUCCUCCAACUUUGAUGAUGCGCCCAUAUCUGGCGAACAGGUGGCCCAGUACUACUCUCAGAGCAUUGGGUGGCCCAAUGUCCUCGUUCCUGAAGCCGAUACCAACAACGACGCCAACGACAACCCCGAUGGCAACGACGUACAGUCCAAGGGAGACGGCGGAAUCGACCAAGCCGCGAAGCGCGAAGCGCGAAGCGUCAAAGAUGGCUUUCUGCCGGACCCCAAACGAAUAUGCCGCCCACUGGUGGCAAAAGGCAAUGGACCAAGGGUUGGAUCAUCAAAGACGGGGACGCAGCAAGGUGCAAAGCUUGGUCCGAAACCAUGA